AUGUAGAAAUACGUUGCUCUAUCAGUACAGCCACUGUGGGACAAGUACCAAUUUGAAAAAAAUAUUGAUUCAGGUGCCUUUGGUUCUGUAAAAAAAGUUAAAAACACUCAAGACGGCAAAUUCUAUGCAAUGAAAACUUAAAAUAUCAAAACGCUAAUGACAAGAGUGCCAAACAAUUACAGCAAUGAGAUGGUCCGUAUAAUUAGAGAGAUCAACACAUUCAGACUAAGCCAUCCGAACAUAACAGAAUUCAAAGAAUCUUACUUCACCUAUGAUGAUGAGUUUGUCAUUAUUACAGAGUUGGCAGAAUCAAAUCUCUAAGUAUUCAGAGAAAACACGGAGCUGACCAAUGAUCAGAUUGCUGGCAUAAUGAUGCAGAUAAUAAAAGGAACCAUACAUCUCCACAACCAAAAUGUCAUGCACAGAGAUUUGAGUCCAGAUAACAUUUUAGUCUUUGAAAAUGGCCAGAAAUUCAAAAUUUGCGAUUUUGGAAUGGCACAGCUAUUAUCCAAUUCAAAUUCUUAUGUUGGAAAACUAUUUUUCAAAGCACCAGAAAUAGACCAAAACGAAGAAUUCAGCUAUAGCACUUAAGUCGACAUUUGGUCUUUAGGAGUGAUACUAUACUACCUUUGUACUAAGAAAUACCAAUACUAAGGUGAAGCAAUAGCCAAAAUUAAGAAGAAAGAUUAAUCAAAGUUUAUUCAACUUGAAGGUAAAUAAAAGAAAUUCGAGCCACUUCUUAAUAAAAUGCUACAGUUCAACCCUGCUUUAAGAAUAGAUGCGGUCUAGGUGCUUUUAGAACUUUGCAAACUUAACAACGAACCAUUUAGCAAGCAUUUAGAAACAGAAGAAGUAAAACAAAACCAUCUUAUUCCUAGUAAUAAUGCUGCCAAAAAUGCUUUUGCUUUAACGAUAAGUGGUACCAAUGAUCUUGUGAAUGAAAUUAUUUCUAAACUAGGAGAAUUUAACUAUGGAGUAUUUGAUAAGAUUCAUCGUAAUCCGGACAGAAUCUUCAUGCCUCUUAUAAAAUAUGAUUUUGUUAUGUAUCAAGGUGAGUAUGAUUAAUUCACUAAUUAAAAAGAUGGAAGAGGAAGAGCUAUCCACAGGGAUGGUACAGUUUAUGAUGGAUUAUGGAAGAAUGAUUUGAGAAAUGGAUAUGGAAGAGUAAUAAAAUCUAAUGGAGAUUAUUACAUUGGUGAGUGGAAGGAUGGUAAAAAAAAUGGAAUUGGAAAAUAUUAUUUUAAUGAUGGAAUGAUUUAUUAAGGGAAAUGGACAUAAGGUAAUAUUUAAGGAUUAGUAUUGCUUAAUAACAGUAAUGGUAAUUAUCUUGGUGGAUAAUGGUUGAAUGGAAACAAAUAUGGUGCAUAAGUAUUCUCUAACCUUGCUUUAGAUAUUGAAGUUGAUUAAAGGAUGAAUGAUUAAUAACUUGGAGAAUCAAUGUAAAUUUCAAAGGAUAAGGGGUAGAUACGCAUAAGGAAACUAAGAAUGGGAAGUUAAUAAAGACAUAAAUCCAAGAAGUUAAUGUUUAAAAAUGAAUUAAGUUGA